AUGGCCGGAGAAGAGCCGUAUCCGAGAAAGAUCCUGCAGUACAUGGAGGGAUUCCUGGUGUCAAAGACUCUGUUCAGUGCGUGUGAGCUGGGUGUGUUUGAGCGUCUGCAGGGCUCUCAGCUGUCCGCGUCUGAUCUGGCUCUGGCUCUGGGCUGCAGUGAGGACGGAACCGAGCGUCUGCUGAACACCUGUGUGAGUCUGGAGCUGCUGACCACAAACACUGACCCGCACGGAACAGUUCUCUACAGUAACACAGAAAUGUCCAGCAUGUUUCUGAUCAAGUCCAGCCCGACGUCUCUGUAUCAGUCGAUCGAGUACAGCUCCAGAACCAUCUACCUGUGCUGGCAUCACCUGAGCGACGCCGUCCGAGAAGGGAAGAACCAGUAUGAGAAGGCUUUCGGUGUGAAGUCUGAAGACCUGUUUGAAGCCAUGUACAGGUCUGAAGAGGAGAUGGUGAAGUUUAUGCACCUGAUGAACUCCAUCUGGAACAUCUGCGGCCGUGACGUGAUCACAGCGUUCGAUCUGUCGCCGUUCAGAUGCAUCUGUGAUCUCGGAGGCUGCAGCGGCGCUCUGGCCAAACAGUGUGUGUCGGCCUUCCCCGAAUCAACCGUCACCAUCUUUGACCUUCCCAAGGUCGUGAAAACAUCCCAGCAGCACUUUGUGUCCAAUCAAGAUGAGCGGAUCUGCUUCUGUGAAGGAGACUUCUUUAAGGACGAGCUCCCGCAGGCCGAUCUCUACAUUUUGGCCCGGAUUCUGCAUGACUGGACCGACCAGCGGAGUGUGGAGCUGCUGGCCAAGAUUUACCAGUCCUGUAGACCAGGUGGAGGUGUGUUGCUGGUGGAGGUUCUGCUGUAUGAGGAUAACAGUGGUCCUCUGACGGCGCAGCUCUAUUCUCUGAACAUGUUGGUGCAGACGGAGGGUCGCGAGCGCAAGGCUUCAGAUUACAGUCGUCUGCUGAGCUCCGCUGGAUUCACACACAUCCAGAUCCACAACACCGGCAAGAUCUACGACGCCAUCCUGGCCUGCAAAUAA